AUGAGUCGUCUGCCGACAACAAACAUCAAAAUGGGUGUAGCAGUAAGUAAAUACACGGAGCUAUCUACUAAUGAGCUUUUAGCAAGAUUCUGUUCAACAGAUGUGAUAUGUCCGAAUGAUCCGUUUUGGAACCAAUUGUUGGCUUUCAAUAUCAACCCACCACAGAGUUCAGAAGAGCAAUUGAUGUUCGAUUCAAGUACGGAGUCGUUGCUGCAGAUGUUCCUGCAGAAUAAUCCACAGACUGGAAACCUUGGAUCCUUAGUUCAAGUGUUCAUUACCAGAGCGACUGAGCUACUCGCCGCGCCCAACAGCGACAAUGUGAUGCUGGCAUGGCAAACUUUCAACGCGUUGUUCGUGAUACGAGCCGUCAGCAAGUAUCUGGUCGAGAUGGUCCCCGAGUAUGAACUCUGUAGGCACUUGGAUGUGCAAGCGGAGAGGAGAGUGGGUAAUGGACCCGUGGACAGAGAGGGGUUGGAGUCUACGUCACCAGAACAGGAGUCAUCAGCACUUCGACCCUCUUCAACUCCCGAGGUUGAAGCUCCAACAUCUCCUAAGCUGACUGGUAACGACAGUCGGGUGGAGAUGCUGAUCGAUGCGCUCAUUGGACUUAUCAUCGAUGUUCCUGUGACGGACAACACAUACUACCUACACCUAGAAUGUAUAAACACGAUUCUAGUACUUAUGUCUGUCUACAUGUUCGCCGGCGUCCACGGACAGACUAGACUUGUGGAUACUUCCUUAAUAUACAGAACUCUGUUCCAAGGGCGCUACGGUAUGCACGCACCGCUUUUAGUAAAAACACUGCUGAACAAUUUGUGCAGCAUGCAGGCUGCGCCACCGAGCAUGUUUGGCGCACAUGCUGGCGGUGGUAGUCUACUUAUAAAUUUAGCCUCGGGCCUUUGGAACAUGAUAACCUUCAACGCCAGCACCCGGCAGACAAUCUACACACAUCCUCCCCUAGAUCGAGCAGAGUUACAGGAAAGGGUGAAAAAAGAACAUCCCUUGGCUAAUCAGUCGUGUCUGCUACUCCUGACCCUCGCGAAUCAUUGCAUGAAUGCUGAUAACCUUUACAGAAACGCGCUGCUAUGUUGUGAAGAUACCGCAGAAACGGCGGCUCCUACACCACAAAGGGAGUCGAAUGGCAGUUCACAAGUAACACCUCCACGGAUCGAUAUAGCAGCCCUCCACAAAGCGCUCUGUUCCACGGCCGGGUGCGAACACUCGACCCUUCUGCUGUACCUGAUGCUGCAUUCGUGUAACGUAUACAAACGGCAUAUCAGCAACGUUGCACAAAUAGACCAGCUGAUAGUACCAAUCCUGCAGGUCCUGUACAACGCGCCCGACAAUAACUCACAUCACAUAUACAUGUCGCUAAUAGUACUACUUAUAUUGACGGAAGACGAAGCACUCAUCAAGAAUGUACAUUUAAUUAUGUUAAAAAAUCUAACAUGGUACACAGAACGCGCUAUCUCGGAGAUAUCUCUCGGUGGUCUGAUGGUGUUGGUGAUACUCAGGGCUCUGCAGUACAACAUGGCGAGGGUGCGGGACAAGUAUCUGCACACUAACUGCUUAGCGGCUAUAGCUAAUAUGAGUUGUGAAUUUAGAAAUCUACAUCCGUACGUGGCUCAAAGGUUAAUAUCACUAUUCGAAACGUUAACGAAACGGAGAGCGAGACUGUGCAUUGAAAUCGAAGGUGGAGAUAUAAAUACAUUAGAGUUACCGCAUGUGUCUGAAGAGAAAACAGAAGAAAUUAUGGACCACAUAAGCGUCUUAGACGAGGUGUUGCGCAUGCUCCUUGAGAUAAUCAACUCGUGUGUGGCCCAUCAACUCUCCAACAACUUGAACGUCGUGUACGCGUUGUUGCACAAGCGACAUCUCUUCCAACAACACGAACAUCAUCACCCUGUAGCGCAGAAUAUUGACAUGGUUAUAGGCUACUUCUCAACGCGGUUACAACGUGUACAGGAGGGUGCUGGCGGUGAUCUCGGGGUCACUGAAGUGCUGCAGUGCAUCAAGAAGGGCGCUGAACAGUGGUCCAGUGAUAGGUUAAAGAAAUUUCCCGAUUUAAAAUUCCGUUACGUCGAAGAAGAACGCCCUGAAGAGUUCUUCACGCCUUAUGUGUGGAGCCUGGUGAGCUCGUGCGGGGGGGUGUACUGGGCCAGUGAGGGGGGCGCCAGAGCCCUGGGGGACCUGCUGGCGUGCUGA